UCUAUAGUGAAGAACACCUGCAUUUUACACAAAAUGGAGACCUCACUUAGUUAUGAUGGAGAUUCCAAGAGUCUGGUGAUUCAUGCCAAGGAGAAAUUCCCCCUCGACACUUUCACCCAUUUGCAGGGUCAUGUAGAACUAGACACCAAAAUUGGAGCACGAACUUAUCUCUGUGCUAUGAUAAGGCAACACUUUCCUGAUCAAUAUGCUAGUCUCGCUGUUGGAGUGCAAUAUUAUAGGCGGCAAAAGCUCUGGUAUACUGUUCGUGGUAAAAAAGAAUUUCUAGUGACGGCAAAUAAUUCGGUAAACUUUCAUAUCAAGGGCAAGUACGAUGUGGACGAAAAACUUUUGGGGAGAAAAUCAAGAGUUGCUGUUGAAUUUACUUGGGAUAUCAUGGAUGUGAAAAAAGACCAAGAUGUGAGGCUCAAAGUUGGAUACGAAGUCAUUGAAAAGGUCCCUUACUUUCAGUUUAGUGAAAACAACUGGACUCUCACUGUCAACAAUAUUGGAAAAUGGAAAGUAAAAUAUGGUUUGUGAUAUUACUGAUGGACGCGUAACUUGCUCCAGUUAGAGUGGGUUAUAAUUGCAAGAAAGAAGAAAACCAUCAUCCGUCAUCUGUAUUUCUGUUACAUAUUUUGACAUUCUAUCACUGCAAAAAGGCAUUACCUUCUGUAAGAUCUGCUUUUGAGUAUUUAUCUAGACAUAGUGACCCAUUGCAAUACAAAAUUCAAACUCAUGAAAAUU